GUAGGCUAUGAUUUUUUUUUUAAUAAAUAACGAAGUAUGUACAGGUCAUGGUAAAUAUUCUCACAUUCUUCUUCUGAUAUGAUACGAAUGUUGACUAAAUUCGUAGCUUCACUCUAUCAAUAGUCACCACAAGCAUACUUACAAGUAUGGCUCGCUUCAGAGCAUAUGUAUGGGAUCCCAUUCUCCUGAUAUCUCAGAUAGUGUCGUUGCAGUGCUUAUUCUACCUCAGUUACUUAUUGCUACUUCACGCUCUAUUCCACCUGGGAGUGGGUGUUCCCGUUAUUCUCGAUUGGGUCUUUUCACCCAAGUCAGUGGGCUCAGACGGCUUGUCGUGGCUGGGGACUGGAGUUUACUUACUUGAAUCUGUGCUCAGUGCGGUGUGGAUUCUCCUAGUAGUGAGCCGGGCCAAGCUUUGCCUAGACUUCAGCGUUACGCUGUACUGUUACCAUCUGCUGUUCUGUACACUGUACUGGGGCUGGAUGAGUGGGUGGUGGUGGUUUUGCACCAUUGUCUGCUGUGCGAUAACAACCACUCUGAGCGAAGCUUUAUGUAUCCGACAAGAACUCAAGGAGAUCCCUGUUGCAGGGAUGGGUAACAAGAACGAUGUUUAGAUACAAGAGAAUUAUCUUUAAAAGCAAUCAUAUUCGCAAAUACCUCAGAGGAUCGACAGAAACGAGGAAGUGUGGCGAUGGUAUCACUCUGAGCGAAGCUUUGUGCAUCCGACAGGACCUCAAAGAGAUUACUGUUGUUGGGAUGUGUAACAGAAACGAUGUUUAGAUAGAGAGGAUAUAUAUUCUCGCGUACUCGUGCCCAUGCGAUUACCACAACGUUGGGUGGCUAUGGUGGAAUUGUACCUUUAUCGGCUAUGCGACAAUACGAACUCCUGUUGACGCCUUAUGCAUACGACAGUGAUUAUGCCUUUUGUUAGAAUGGGCUACAAGUCAAAGAUUUGGAAGCAAAUUCAGCAUGUGUGACUGGUGUAUACAAUUAGGCACCCGCUGGCAUGGGACUUGACAUGUGGGCCAGAGCUCGUGUACGCGUUGUGUCCGAAUCACCUCCCGAGUAUUCCGCUGCGUGGGUGAGUACAUGGAUGGAAUCACCCUGACGCCUGAAGUACGCUUGUGGCCCUUCUUUCCUAGAUGUUUAGUAUGGAAAAGUGGCCGAGCAGUAGACCAAUGAUCAAUCUCAUGCGACCGGCAAGACGACGAGGACGAUGCCUAUGGGCCGUUGGAGGGAGAGUGAUGUAACGUUGAAGAGAACCCCACCUACAUAUGCCUCCGCAUGGCCAAGUACCAUUUAUGACGCGCAAGUACACCCUAUACGUGUCCAUAUACACUCUGGAGCGGCUCUUAUGGUUAUGGGAAAGUGAUUUUGGAGUUGGGUGCCUGUUAGUAGUAGACAGAUCCGCUGAUGACUCCCUCUAGCGUCCAUCCAUGGUUUCCAUUCUGCCAUCAACUCUGGAUAACACAACAGUAGGGCCGCCAUGUCCCAUAAUUGGCCAAUAUCAAAUACUUAGGUUUAAUUGGGCUCUACCUUAUGAAUUAAGUCCAUAUAGCUAUCACGCAGUCUAUCCGAGUAAUUUUGGCCUUCUUGGCUUCUGUGGACUACGUGCGGUUAAACUAUACGUUGAAAUCACUAGUCAAGCCGUGGCGGUCAUCAGUUGGUGGUAUAGUAAGCCUAAGACAACGCAUAUCGUUACAAUAGCUAAUUUGAUUGCGACUGUACGUAUCGACCACUGGCUGUGGUUAAAAAAUGGACGCGUUGACCACGAUCAAGGACAGGCAACGUAUGCCGGUGCAGCAAAUACGAAAGCUAAUACUCGUGCCAAUAUGCAAUCGACCAACCCCCAAAAGAAAUGUGUCUGUCUCUUUCUAAGACACAUGGCAGCAUAGUGAAUUCAGUAGUUUCUUCUGCAGUGCUGACCGUAUGAUCGUGAAUAAAUCUACACGUACGCAGUUUCCGGU